CGGAUGUCACUUCGCUUCCGGCCGACUCUGGCGAUACUUCACCAAAUGUUCUGUGCUGGGCAUACUUCAUACACUCGAUCUAUAAAGUACAUCGUCAAACUGACCUCAAGAGCAACGACAAUUCAAUCUGAACGUCAACGAAAGUAACGGUCAUCCCGUGGAAACUUUGGUCUUGGCCUUUUACUGCUGGUCAUCUAAAGUGUAUGGACUUCCUGCUGUCUUUCCAUUGACUGCAUUGCUGUUGUUGCCACAUGAGCAGGACAACAUGAGUCGAAACAGGGACAAGCUGUUGGAUGGACUGGAACAGAGUUUAUACACUCUAACCAAGGACAACUUAUGUUACCUGUGCGUUCGUUGUGGAAUAGGCUCCAAGGAUAGGUUCAAAGGUAAAGAAAACAGUGAACGCACGCUGCGGCGUCAAAUCAUGGAGGAAAUCUGGGAAAAUGAGGAUUCAAAUUCUUGGUUACUCCAACUGAAAGAGGACAUCAGAGGUAUACAGGAGGAUGGUAGACAUGUAACCAUGAGCUCCAGUGCAUCGAGCAGCGUGUCCUCGAGUCCCAGCCAGUCUGAUGGUGACGGGGACGCUGCAGACUGCCAUGAAGCUGGGAAGCCUCGACAGUUGGAAGUGACUCAGCGAACACACACUGGAGAGAAUCCUUACAGCUGUAAUCAGUGUGGGAAGACAUUCACUCAGUCAGGAAGCCUGGCAACUCAUCUGAGAACACACACUGGAGAGAAACCUCAUAGCUGUGAUGUAUGUGGGAAGACUUUUAACGUAGCCUUCAAUCUGAUCCGACACCAGCGAACACACACUGGAGAGAAACCCUACAGCUGUGAGAAGUGUGGGAAGAGCUUUUCUCAGUUAGGACUACUGGCCAGCCACCGUCGUUCGCACACAGGAGAGAAACCGUAUGUCUGUGAUCAGUGCGGGCAGAGCUUUGUCAAUCCGGGAUCCCUGGCAAAGCACAAGCGAAAACAACAUGCAGGAGAGAAGCCUUAUAGCUGUGCGGAUUGUGGGAAGAGUUUCUUUGAAUCACAUACCCUGGCUAACCAUCGGAGGACACACACAGGAGAGAAGCCUUAUAGCUGUGAUCUAUGUGGGAAAAGUUUCGCUAUGUCAGGAACCCUGAUUAAACAUAAGCUGACUCAUACAGGAGAGAAACCGUACUGUUGUGACCAGUGUGGGAAGAGCUUCAGUGAAUCAGGAAGGUUGAAAGUUCACCAGAGAAUGCACACUGGAGAGAAACCUUACGGCUGUGAUCAAUGUGGGAAGAAAUUUGGUCAUUCGCAACACCUGAAAGAACACCUGCGAACGCACACAGGAGAGAAGCCAUUUAGCUGUGAUCAGUGUGAGAGGAAAUUCACUCAACCACAACACCUGAAAUCACACAUGAGAACACACACUGGAGAGAAGCCGUUUGUCUGUGAUCAGUGUGAGAAGAGAUUCGCUCAUUCACAACAACUCAAAGCACACCUGCGAAUACACACUGGAGAGAAACCUCAUAUCUGCGAUCAGUGUGAGAAGAAAUUUGCUCAUUCACAACACUUGAAAAAUCACAUGCGAACACACACAGGAGAGAAGCCAUACAUCUGUGGAGAGUGUGGAAAGAACUUUGCUAGAACAGGAACAUUGAAAGUGCACCAGAAAUCACACGCAGCAGGUGACGUGUGUACAGAUCUGCCUCCCCAGCAGCAGUUCCAGAACCCUCAAAUAAAUCUGAACAGCCCAAAGUAACAGAACCCUCGAUAAACUCUGAACAGCACAAAGUUCCAGAUCCAUAUCCCUCCCCGGGAUAUGUAUGUAUAUGU